AUCUCUGCUACGAACAGUAUGAACACCCUUGUCUGCUGGACUGCUACCACACCUUCUGCGCCACCUGUCUGCGAGGCAGGGCUGCCGAAGGACGCCUCUCCUGCCCUCUCUGUGGCUUGUCCAGUCACCACUGAUCAGCCGUCGACAGUCCGCACACCAACGGAGACUCGGGACAUUCCAUUGACGGCACGUUCGGAGGGCGGCCAGCGUGAGGCGGGGGAGGGGGUGACUGCGGGGUGGGAAGGAGGGCUGCUCGUGUGUAACCUGGAUGACUGAGAAGACCGAGGAUCAGAGAUGAGGCUGGAUGAAACUGAUGACCACAGGCGUCUGUCGGUUGUGAAGGGAACCAGUGGACUCCCAAAGGUUGACCGAUUGUUGAAGUUCCUGGUCGAUAGCUCGGCUGACUGCGAGGAGGUGGUGCAGUGUGCAAACUGUGACCUGGAGUGCAAGAAGCAGGAUGCGAAUGCCAUGUUUUACUGCAACACGUGUGACCAGCCGCUCUGUGGUUCCUGCCGAGAUGACACUCACAGAGCAAAAAUGUUCGCCCGCCAUGAGAUCGUCACCCUCGCCAAACGCACCAAGGAGCUGCACAAGAAGUGCCCUCUGCAUGAGGAACCAUACAUCAUGUUCUCCACGGAGAAGAUGUCCAUGCUCUGCAUCAACUGCUUCCGGGACAUGCAAGUUGAGAGCCGUGCCCACUGUAUCGACAUUGAGACCGCCUACAUGCAAGGUUGUGCGAAGCUGGACCUGGCUGUGAUGGCAGUAAAGGAGCUACAGACGUCCACACGAGAGGCCAUCAUCCUCCUGAAGGCCAUGAUUGAUGAGGUGAGACUCAAUGCAAAUGAGGAGGAGUCGUCCAUCAGCUCACUCUUCAAUAGUAUGCAGGAAAGAUUAGCUGAAAAGAAGAAAAUGUUGCUCAAAACUGCUCAGAACCAACAUGAAGAAAAAGAGAAAGCUUUCAAAGAGCAUCUUUCAAAUAUGGCAGCACUCCUGCCCACUCUUCAGGUCCACCUCGUCACCUGCUCUGCUUUCCUCAGCUCUGCCAAUAAGUUUGAGUUCCUGGACUUGGGCUACCAACUGAUGGAGAGACUGCAGAAGAUAGUGAAGCUGCCCCACCACUUGAGGCCAACACAGAGCAGCAAGAUCAACACGGAGUUCAGGCCAGAGUUUGCACGGUGCCUUGAACCUCUGCUCUUCCUGAACCAGCGGCGAUCUGCAUCAGUGACAGGAGGCUGCUCGGGGACGGGCGGUAACAUUGGAGUUGGAAUGAACUUAGUGGGCACAAAGACAUUUGCGGCCUCCGCCUCUCCAGCGUCCCUGAGGGACAUGUCCCUGACAAACGCGGUGACCUGCAAGCCCACCUCCCAUCGCUACAUCAGCACCAAGGUCCUGCUGGCGGAGGGGGUGCAUGGCCCCUUCAUGGAGCAUUGCCAGAACUACGAGAAUACGUUCAGGGUCCUGCAGACAGAGCUACAGAACCUGAAAGACCAGGUGCAGGAGAUGCACCGGGAUCUGACCAGGCACCACUCCCUCAUCAGGACGGACGCAAUGGGUGAGAUCCUUCAGAAAUCACUGCAAAUGGACACUCAGAUCACCUCCCACUACUCCUCUGUGGAGACCAUGAGGACCAUGUUUGAGGAGGUUUGGGAAGAAACAUAUCAGAGAGUUGCAAACGAGCAGGAGAUUUACGAAGCACAACUUCAUGACCUGAUGUUACUGAAGAAAGAGAACCUGUGCCUAACCACCAUCACCCGCCAGAUCAGCCCAUACAUUCGCUCGAUUGCCAAAGUGAAGGAACGCCUGGAGCCCAGACUUAAAGAGCCGAAGGACGUGAAGGAUGACAGGACAGAUAACAUGCUGAAGAUUUACGAUGAAGGCUUAAUUAUGACGGCAGAGGGGCAGCAAAGGAAUGAUCUUGCUUGUGUGAGCGAAGAUAAGGAGAAACAGCUGGACAAGGACAAGAUUAUUGACAACCGAACUCUAAAUAUUCUGUCCGAGGAUUCCGAGGUGAAAUGCAAAGACUUGUAUCGCACAACAAAACUGAAGAGUGGAUUGGACACUCCCGACAGAAAGCUCACCUUGUAGUGCAGGAAUACAAGAGGCGCAUCCUCCAAUUAAUAGGACUGCUGCAAAAUGUAAAUACAAGAUAUUGACUUUACCCUGGCCCUGAUGAUGUUCCCCAUUCAUAAAUAAUCCCAGCUCUGUUUCAUAACUUUGUAGCUAAAUACAAAUCUCCUGGUAUUAUAUACCUGUGGUUUAAAACGUAGCUAUUUGAUUGCAUUAUCUUUUAGCAGAGAAUAAAUUCCAAGAGAUGUCAGUUUGCCCAUAAGGUUUCUGUUCCUCUUGCUCUGACUAUC